ACUGAAAACAGUUAAAUAGGCUUGCAUAAGCAGAACGUCGCUUCGUUCAUAGCAGCUUGCGCCUUUUUUGCAUAUAGAUGGUGGGUAGACGCGCUUCGCCCUUACUGGCCCAAAGAUGGUAACCCUUAUGGGGCUCAUUAUCCUUUUGAAUAAGCAGUCUUAAACUAGGCAAGAUGCACGUAGCCGUAGGUCUUUGCUGCCCCGCCCAUGCUCAGCCCUAAAGCGCUUGGCGGUGUAUACGCGGCACCCGCAGAAGCUUCUGCGUCAGCACUCGCGCAUACUGCGGCGUCCUAACUGGGCAACAAUCCGGAACUGGGCAUCUUUACCUUUGUCGCAACACAUAGUCGACAGAGCACCUUGGACCGGCUUUCCUCCUACGCACGCGCAAGAAUGCGGGAGACAAGCCAGCCAGGGAUGCCGUCAGAUGUGCCCCAAUCACAAUCUUGUCGAGGCCCCGUUGCCGGCGCUCAGGUGUCCGGAGGCAGUGGAUGCACCACCAGCAAUUCUACAAGUGGAACUGUACUAAGCGGACGCCGCACACUUUUGACCGACCCAGCCGCAAGGGCUUUGUUUGAGCGAUUCCAACGCGGAGGCUUAGGCAGGGGUAGCUCAAACAGCCUGCCCGCGCACCUACGGCCGCUCCCCAAAAGCCAGCCCCAGCGAAGCUCCUCCCACGACGUUUCGGACGCGCACUCCAACGCCCAACUACACCCCAAGCAACCGCAACCCCCGCCCCCGCCCCCACCGCAGCCCGAACCUGCCAGCUGCCAGCCCCCGGCUGCCCCCCAGCCACCAGCCUGCCCACCCAGUACAAACGGCUACUCACUGCUCCCCAACUCCGACCCCCACCCAGAGACCAUGCCUCAGCCGGAUUCCCAUCCGCCUCCCCCAACCCAUCCGACGCAUCCGCCUCAGCAGCAGCCUCCACCGCCUCAGCAGCAGCAGCCGGCAGCUCCCUGGGGAGCCCCUCCUGCUGCUGCUCCCCCCCACUGUGACCCACCGACCCACAUGGAGCCGCAAGCGCACGCACCGCCCUCGCAUUGGUCCGCACCUCCUCCUCCUCGCCCGCUGCUACCCCCUGAGGCUGCCGGGGCUGCCCACCCGCCUGCGGAUACCGCCGCUGCACCCGCUGCACCACCGCUACCAGAAGCCACCCCACCGGCUCCUUCCUGGGCUCCCUGUAGCAUUCAAGGGGCUGCUGAGGCCGCUGCGCCCCAACCAGGCGGCGACCCACUUCCGCCCUGGCGGCGACCACCUGCCUCGCAACCGGGUCAACCGCCCUUCCAACCGCCGCCCCUGCCGCAGCCGCCCACCUACCACCCGCCCCCGCCGCAUCCCCAGCCGCCACAGCCUGAGCCGCAGCACCUCUACCCGCCGCCGCACCCGCCACCGCAGCAGCACCAAUACUUCGCUGCACCGCAGUAUCCCGCGCAGCAGCACCAAUACCAAUCGCCGCAGCAGCAGCAAUGCCAACCGCCGCAGCAGCAGCAAUGCCAACCGCCGCCGCAGCAGCAAUACCAACCGCCGCCGCAGCAGCAAUGCCAACCGCCGCAGCAGCAGCAAUACCAACCGCCGCAGCAGCAAUGCCAACCGCCGCCGCAGCAGCAAUACCAACCGCCGCCGCCGCAGCAAUACCAACCGCCGCCGCAGCAGCAAUGCCAACCGCCGCCGCAGCAGCAAUGCCAACCGCCGCAGCAGCAGCAAUACCAACCGCCGCCGCAGCAGCAAUGCCAACCGCCGCCGCAGCAGCAAUACCAACCGCACUCCUCUUUCACAACAUCGCAUCCCUACCAGCCGCAGCCCCAUCAGCCGCCCUCCUCCCUGGCCUACGCCCAGCCACCGCCCCAGCAGCCGCCCUCCUCCCUGGCCUACGCCCAGCCACCGCCCCAUCAGCCGUCCUCCUCCCUGGCCUACGCCCAGCCACCGCCCCAGCAGCCGCCCGAAUCACACGUGCAACAGGCGGCCGCGCCAUACCUGCAGCCACAGCCCCUCGCGCUACCGCUGCAGCCACUCGCACAAGCGCCAACGUAUCCGGAGCCCAUGGCGCAGCCACCCAUGCAGCAGCAGUCGCAUCCGCCCUACAUGCAGCAGCAGCCGCAACCGCCCAUGCAGCAGCAGCCGCAGCCACCUUACAAACCGCAUUCACAGAAGCAGCAAGCGGCGCCCCAGCAGCCACCCCCUCCGCAGCCUCCCCCCUCCUGGGUCUUCACCCAGAUGGACCCUGCACCCUCCAGUCAGCCUGCAUGGGCCCACCCCGCACCCACUGCCACCGCCGCCGCUGCACCCGCAUGUACCUCCCAGCCGCAAGCUACGUCCGCUGCACCCGCCUCCACUACCGCUACCGCCCCAGCAGCGCUGCCCGACCCGCAGCAGCUGCAGCAACUCCUGGAGCAGCUACAAGCGCAGCCCCUACCACAGCCCCUGCCAUUGCAGGAGCUGCCUAAGGCUAAUGACACCGCCGCCGCCCCCGCCGCCGCAGCUGCACCGCCCCAGCCUGACACUUCCUCACCCGUCACCGCGGCCGCCAUGCUGUCCGCCUGCCUGCACCCGGGGCGCUGCUUGGACCCGACGCACAAGGUGCUGCGGGUGCGGGCGGUGGUGGCGCUGGCCAUGUCGCAGGCCUGGGAUGAGUACGACAAGCUGAGUCAGCAGGAGGGAGGUACGGCAGGGCAGGCGCAGCAGAAUCAUCAGCAGCAGCAGGUCAGGGCUCAGUUGCUGAGUGUAGCGAGGACGGUGACGCAGGUGGAUGAGAUGUUUGCUGCGCGUUUCCCGCCUUAUGCGCCCGGAAGGAUGGAGUAUGGCAGCCCCGCCGCCAUGUACGAGGCCCUGUGCGCCGAUAUGUUGUCGCGGGGGUUGCGGCAGCGGCGUGACGGGCGGGUUGGCGAGGUGGUGCUGGCGCCGCUGCCGGGGUGGGGUCGCUGCCGGGCAGCAGUCAUGCAG